AUGGCACCUAGCUUUGAUAACCUCACCGAGGACAAUGGUACCUAUGACUCAGAGGAAGAGAUAGACUUCUCAGAUCUCAAGGAACAAUACGACGUCCGACUCGAACAAGGCCUUGAUGCCUUUGUGGUCGUCGAUGGCCUGCCCGUGGUCCCGGAAGACAGCAAACCGAAGCUGGUAAAAUUCUUGGUGAAGCAGCUGAACAAGGCGGGAAAAGUCAAGGAAGAUGGGUUCUUCAUGCCAACCAACAAUAAGGGCAUGACGGAAGGCUAUGCUUUCGUCGAAUACCAAACACCACAGCAAGCCAUCGCAGCUACCAAGCAACUCCACGGUACCGCCAUCGACAAAAGACAUACAUUCGCGAUAAACAAGAUCACAGACGUGGAAAGAUAUGGAAGGGAAGGCCGCAUCGAUGAUGAAUACCAACCACCUAAGAUCGAUGACUUCACAGAAAAAGAGCACCUGAGGUGGUGGUUGGGGGACCCAAACAGCAGAGAUCAAUUCGUCAUGUUGCGAGGGGACAACGUUGGGGUAUUCUGGAACAAGAAGAAGGACCCGCCUGAAAAUAUAGUCGAUCGGAUGCACUGGACAGAGUCACAUGUGCAGUGGUCGCCUUUGGGCACAUAUCUCGCUACUAUGCAUGCUCGGGGUGUACAGUUAUGGGGCGGACCGAAUUGGACACGGCAGACGAGGUUUCCACAUCCUAUGUGCAAUCUGAUCGACUUCUCGCCCGGGGAGACAUACAUUACGACAUGGUCCUUCAAGCCGAUUGAGGUUUCAGAAGACGACCCGAUUCUGUCACAGGAGGAAGAUGGGAAGAAUUACAUUAUCUGGGACGUCGCGACGGGAAGACCGCUACGGUCGUUCCAGAUGCACGACCUUCCAACCCCUCCUGAGAGUGAAAACGGCCAGCCCGUCAAAAAGAAGGUACCGUGGCCCGCUUUCAAAUGGUCGUCUGACGACAAAUUCGUCGCUCGCAUGCUGGAGGGUCAAUCGAUAUCUGUUUAUGAACUUCCCAAGAUGACUCUCAUGGACAAAACAUCCAUCAAAAUCGAAGGCGUGAUGGACUUCGAAUGGUCGCCUGCACUUCCGCAGCGGGACUCGGUAAAGACAUAUGAGCAGCUUUUCUGCUUCUGGACCCCGGAAAUCGGCAGCAACCCUGCUAAAGUCGGCCUCAUGAGCAUACCGUCCAAAGAAAUAGUACGGACAAGAAAUCUCUUCAACGUUACAGAUGCCAAGCUCCACUGGCAAUCACAAGGCGCCUACGUCUGCGUCAAAGUGGACAGGCACUCAAAGUCAAAGAAAUCUCUGGCGACCAAUCUCGAAAUCUUCCGUGUCCGAGAAAAGGGUGUCCCCGUCGAAGUCGUCGAUUCGAUCAAAGACACCGUCAUCAACUUUGCGUGGGAACCGAAAGGCGACCGCUUCGUUCUCAUCACCACUGCCGAGGUCGUCAUGACCACCGCGGUACCCCCAAAGACCGCAGUAUCGUUCUUCUGUCCCGAAAAGAUCAAGGGCGCCGGUGUAGGAAACUUCAAACACAUCCGCACCAUCGAGAAGAAGAACAGCAACGCCAUCUACUGGUCACCUAAAGGCCGCUUCGUGAUUGUGGCCACAGUGCACUCACAGCAGAGCUUCGACCUCGACUUCUGGGAUCUAGACUUCGAGGGCGAGAAGCCCGAGAGCGAUAAAGACCUCACCGCCAACUUACAGCUCAUGAACACAGGAGACCAUUACGGAGUUACGGACGUUGACUGGGACCCUACCGGUCGCUACUGCGUAACGAGUGCCAGUGUCUGGAAACAUACCAUGGAAAACGGCUACCACCUCUACGAUUUCAAAGGGGAGCUCUUGCGCGAAGAGCACAUUGAAAAGUUCAAGCAACUCUCCUGGCGCCCUCGCCCUCUCACCCUUCUAUCACGAGACGAACAAAAAACCAUCCGCAAAAACCUCCGCGAGUAUUCGAAAGACUUUGAAGAGCAAGACCGGAUCGAGGAAGAUAAAGAGAAGGGGGCGAUUGUGGAGGAGAGGAGGAGGGUUCUGAGUGAAUGGCUUGCGUGGCGGGAGAAGGAAGAGGAGGAAUUGAAGGCGGAGAGAAGGGAGUUGGGUUUGAAGGAGGAUGUUGAGGAGGAGGAGCAGGCUGAUGGGGAGGAUGGAGGGGGGGCGGUUGUUGAGGAGAUUAUGGAGGAGGUUUUGGAUGAGGUUGAGGAGAUUGCUUAG